AUGUCUGAUAACCAUAACAAUCACAAGAACAGUGACUCUCAACCCCUGAGCGAGGAGACCCGCGAAGAUCUCCGUCGCAUGACCCUUGGUCUCACUGACCAGAAGACCAUCGACACCCUCACUCGAGUCGGUAUGAUGGCUAAGAAUAAGCGAGAGAGCUCUCGAGCUCAUCGUGAGCAGGCCGCCGCCCGUGCCGAGGCUGAAAAGGAAGCGACCGCCAAGAAGAAGGAUACUCUCGUCGAGGAGACUGCUAAUGAGGAUGGCGGUGCCCAGGAUGGAGGUACCAAGUCUUGCAAGGAAAGCAACAAGCAGACUUAG